AUGCCGAGUGUGUUCAAGAAUUUCAAAUUCACAAAAAUGGAUAUGGGUGAUAUACCGUGUCGGGUAGGAGGAAUCAAGGUCUACACGACAAACGUCGGUCGAGAUAGGAUCAUCGUCGAUAUGGAUGUUGCGUAUGCAGGUGAUGCCGACUUCACUGUAUCGUGUUGUGGAUUCACUGUUUUCUGGAAAGCUCGGGCUGUCCUGAAGCCAUUGCUGCCCUACCCACCAAUGGUUGGAGGUGUUUCGGGCUCUUUCCUUGAAAUGCCGAAAAUUGAUUUCAACCUGACCGGAAUGGGUGAAAUGGUUGAAUUACCUGGACUGAUGAAUGCUAUUCGAAGUGUUAUGAAUAGUCAGGGCGUGAUCCGUUUGAAAAUUAUCGAAGCGAAAAAUCUAAAAUUCGAGAAUAGAGACAUUUCCUUUAUCCGUAAAGGAAAGAUUGGAUCACAGUUUUUGAAGACUCGUACCAUUGACAACGAUUUGAAUCCGGUAUGGAAUGAGUACUUCGAGGCAGUUGUUGAUCAGGCUCACGGACAGAAACUGAGGAUAGAACUAUUCGAUGAGGAUCAGGGUCAAGAUGAGGAGCUCGGACGUUUGAGCAUCGACCUGAAGGAUUUCAGGCUAAAAGGAAGUCGUGAAAAUGUGUGGUUCUCUGGAAGGAUGCCGUUCGUGGAUGAAUUUAUCGAAAGAUCGCAGUCAUCUGGAGAAGCAACAGUGGGGAAGCUGAAUGGCUCCAAGCUGACAAACCCGAUUCAUCCGGCACUUUUGAUGGUCUUCGUCGAUUCGGUGUCCGAUCUACCUUACCCAAAGGCAAAACUUGAACCGUCACCAUUCGUUGAAGUGACACUCGGGGCGAACGCACAGCGUACUCCAGUUAAGGUGAAAACUGUCAACCCCCUCUAUCAGUCGAAGUUCCUGUUCUUUGUCAGGCAUCCCGAGGGCCAGGAACUCAAAUUUGAGGCAACUAGAUAUGUACUAUCGACGAUCACUGGCGGCCAUUCCACGGAAUGUCAUUGA